AUGGAAUCUUUGACAACAACCAUUCGUUUCGUCACGCUGAACUGCCGAACACUAUCGAGUGAACUCCAACAAGCCGCUCUAUCCAGACUUCUGCGAUAUCUCUGUGUGCCUUUUGCUGCACUGCAGGAAACACGCAUGAGAGAUCGGCUCGUCAUGAGCAUCGAAAAUUACACCAUAUACUGCGGCGAUGCUGAUGAGAACAAAGUAGGUGGCUGCGCGAUAGCUGUGAGGAACGAUUACAAGAACCUGGUGGAGGAAUUUGGCUCAACGUCAUCUAAAUGCGCCUUUCUACGACUGCGGGAUCGUAGAGGAAGUAAACUCUGGAUCGUAAGUGCUCACGCACCUACGGAAACCGCUGAGGACAACAGUAAGGACGCCUUCUAUGAUGAACUCAAUGCGUUGAUGUCUAAAAUACCAAGCCAGCAGGUGGUCAUUGUCGGAAUCGACGCAAAUGCGAAGAUGGGACUCGAACAGCAAUCCGAUGUGCUAGGAAAAUGGUACUAUGCAGCGGAGCGCACGUCGGACAACGGUGACCGUCUGGUCGACUUGUGCGAACAGACGGGCCUCGUCAUCGCUAUGUUGGAGUACGGACCAGGAAGAAGCUUAGCGAUGCAGAUUCCUUCACAAAGUGCAUCCAGGACGCUGCAAGGGAAACGCUCCCGUGCUGGUGACUUCAACCAGGAAAAGCGUCUUAGAAGGAAGCUGCGUCGUCAACUGCAACAAGACCGUGAUAACGAGUGGACGUCAAGAGCGAUGGAAUUUGAGAAGGCGUGGGAGGACAGGAACCCGCGGAAAGCAUAUACUCUACUAAAACAGUAUAGCGGCAAAAUGAGAAGAUGUUCUCCUGUCCUCAACACUGCCAGCGGAGUAGCUGUCGGUGAAGCAACCCUUCCAUUUUGGAGGGAACACUUCAAGACCUUGCUGAACCCGCUAGCACCGUCAGCUCCUGAACUCGAGCACGUUCAUAGACUGACAUAUGCGGUUAACGACCACCGACCGAGUCGGAGGUUCUAG